AUGUUUGGCAUUAUUCUUAUUUCAGUCUUAGUGUUGGCUUAAUCUAAUGUGGAAUUAAUUGAGAGUUAAACCAAUCCUAUACCAACCAUGGUUAAUUUUGAAGAGUAUCAAAUAAAUGAAGAUUAAACAUAAUAACAACAGGGAUAGUUUAGUUUUGAUGACACUUUCAUCUCUUCUAAUACAAAUAUUAUUGAAAAUAUUCAAAACAAUAAAUCUGUUGAAGAUCCAAAUAAUUUUAUUUUAGACCUUUAGAAUGAUUCAACUCUUAAUUCUUAAAUAACCUCAACCUUUACUAAUCAAAAUUAGAUUCAAGUAAGAAUAUCUUAUAAUAAAGAGGAUGUAAAUGUAAAUGAUAUACCAAAAUUAGAUAUGAUUCAUACGUAAAGUACUUAAACAUUUACUUAGUAAGAAACAAAUAUAAUAUGUACAAGUUUGAUUAAGAAUUAGCUAAUACUUAAGAGAACACUUUAAAUUCUAAUUGUAUAGUAGUUUAUUCAUAAUGUCAUUUCAAAGGAGAGUCAUUAGAAUUAUGUGAAUCUUAAAGGAAUAUUGAGUAAUCAUUUAAUAAACGUAGCAAUUUUGACCAUGAUAUUAAAUCAAUUGAAAUUCCUAAAGGAUAUUCAGUAAGACUGUAUAAUAAGGAAGAUUUUUUAGGUGAAAAGAUACUUUUGAAGGAGAGUUAGGAAUGUCUUAAUAAACCAUUAGCUUUAACAUAACUGUAGGAGAAAUAAUGGAAUAAAUUUACGAUUCUUGCUUAAAAUGUGAAUUUAAGGGCAAUUUGA